CUUUAUCGACUGAAGACACUGAGAAGUUUAUGGACUGUGAAGAAUUUGAAAAGACAUUGUUACAAACUCCUGGCCAACAAUCAUCAUACCUGCCUAGAAAUUCAAUAUUUGACACAUUAACUGAGUCCAUAUUAGCAGGAGAAGUUUGUUCAUCCUUAUUAACAAAUGAAGAUGUUCAGGAUGAAAUUCGAAGAGAAUCAAUUUCAUCUCGUAGACAGUCGCUGAUUAGCUUAGGAAGGAUGAGUAUUGGGUCAAAUAAAGGUUUGUCAGAGGCACUGUCAGUUUUCCAGCAUCGGAUGUCCACAGGUUGUGCUGGUAUAUUAGAUGAGAGUGAUUCAUGUUUGCUGUCUAUAUCAGUGGAUGAUUUUGAAGACUUUUAAGAUAUACUGACAAUUACAUCUAUGUACAUUGUUAAAAAGGUAGAAUAUUGGGUGAAUGACGAACAAGUCAAGGGUUGUGACUCAUGCACAGAAUUCUGAAUUUCAUUGGAUUGUGAAAUAUGAGGCCUAUAUUGCACUUUUGUACAUAUUGAAUUGUUUGAUAAUCCAAUAAAGUUGACUUUUAUUGGGAUGAGUGUUCAGUAGGAUUUACAUCUGGAACUGAUUUACUGGUUGAAAAAAAUUACAUUUGCAUUUCAAGUUUAAUGUCUAAAUAUGUUAUCAGGGUAGAUUUUUUAAAAGAUUUUAGCUUGAACAUAUGUGUUAUAACUAAAUACAGAAUAUAUGAAUGCUAAUUUUGAAGAAAUUCAAGAAAUUGCCUUUGCAAGGGAACCAGUCCCGUCGUAAACUAUGAAGAAACAUAGGAUUUCAUUAGAUAGCGGGGGCUUAUGGUGGUAAGCAAAUAUGAGCAAUUAAUCAGAAUUAUAGUUGUGAGAAUGGGCAAAGAGCAUUAGGAAAGCACAAAGGUCAUAAAGGAAGACCUGGACUAAAAGAGAAUUAGAGCAGAAAGUGAGCAAGACUAGAGAGUACUCACUUCAUGUUGAACCCUGUCACAGGUGAAUUUGACCUAAUACCUCGUAUAAUAAUAAUGAUUUGCACCAGCCAACUCUUUUCAUGAAGUGACACACCUUGACUCAAAGAAUAAUAGUUAUGGCAUUAAGUGACAUAAUCUCUUUCAGUGGGAUUACUAAAUAUGUUGUUUGCUUCUCUUUUAUAAAAAAAUUAAAAAUGUAGAGCAAAGUUUUGUAAAUAUGAUCACUUACACCACUUGUGAUUUCUAUCAUAGAUAGUUCAUAUAAAAUGCUAAACUUUUUAUUCUCCUUAGAUUUAAGGUAACAUUUCAGGUAAAAUUAGUAUGAAAGACAUCAAUAAUAAAAGACAGAAUUAAAUUUUGUAAUGAUGUAAAUUUUUCAUCAGAUGUAAUUUACAACUAGUGUUGUAAAGUUCUCAGUUUCUGCAGAAAAUAUUUAUAGUUGCAGUUACAGUAGAUGCAACUGAAACCAGAUAAAAUGCAACCUUUGAAAGUUCAUAAAAUUUCAUGUUUGAUCAUCUGAAGUUUAUGUUCGUUAGCUGUGUAUAAUGUAUAUUAAUCAUAUUUUGUGCAUGGUAUUGUGAUCAGGAAUAUUUUAUGUGCUUAAAAACAGUAGUGCUUUAAAGAGAUCAAACAGGUUAGGAAGGGUUUUUUAUUUACUGGGAUAUGGCUUUAAUAUUUAUAACAGUAAUGAAGGUUAUCAUUUACUACAGCAAUUUUAAGUCAAGAACCCCAUUCUGCAAUCCUUACAGUUUUUGCCCCUUUCAGUUAGAAAAGAUAUUUUAAGAUUUCAAUGACUUUCUCUUCCUAUACAAAUUGUUGUACAGCACAUGGAUGAAAUUAAUAUAGGCCAUUGUAUAGAUCUUCAGACAAACAGAUAUCUGCGGAGUUGGGCUGUUACUGUGUUUCUAUUAUCAUGGGGAAAAAUGCAAUUACAUUGUAAGUUUUGAUAAUAUUUUUCAGCGAAAGUCAUUGUAAUUCCGUAUAGUAAACAAAAUAUUCGUCAUACUCUCCCAUUUUUGAGGAUGGUGAGAAAUCCCUCAUAGCUGUUUUGGCACAAUAUACGUAGUACAUACACUUUGGAGUGGAAUCUAAACUUUAUUUAUUACAGUAUUAGUAAAGAUGAAUCCUUUGGGUUAGCCUUGUGAAAGUUAAAAUAAAAUUAGCUCAGUGGUAUGGUUGAACUACUUUAUGAUGACAGAAACAAUGAAAAUUAUUUCAUAAUUUUAGAUUUAGUUUUCCAAUUUCUAAUGAAAAUAAAAUAUAUCUGACACAAUAGCUUGCAAUUGGGGUUUUAUAUCGAGCUAAUGCUGGACCA